UUGAAAAAAAAAAUGGGGGAAAAAACGAAGGGGUGGAUUCUCUCGUUUGUAGUGACUGCUUUCUGCAGGAAGGGCGAGCAGUGCGGGGAAGGCUGGCGCCGGGCGGCUUUGUCGGGGGGGUUCGAGCCCGCCCCGGGGGCCAAAAGGGAAUCGGAGGGGGUGAUCCCUCCCCUCCCCUUUCCCUUCCCAGCUGCUCAUGGGAGGAGCCUCCGAGAGAUCCACCCUCGCCGAUCGCGAGAGCUCCAAAGACCCGGGCGGGCCCCAGCGCCUGUGCUCUCCGUGCCCACUUCGCCCACACCAUGGAGCGCCAAAAAAGAACCAUGGCCGGCUGUGCCCUCGCCUUCGUGCUGGCCCGCCUAGUGGUGGGAGCGGUGGGCGCCGCCGAAGGGCAGGAGUCGGUGGAUCCCGGAAAGCUACUGGUCUUGACAGCAGCCACAGAGGAGACGGAAGGUUACCAGCGCUUCUUACGGACAGCCAAAUACUUUAACUACACUGUCAAGACCCUUGGCCUAGGGGAAGACUGGAGGGGAGGAGACGUCGCCCGGACAGUCGGUGGAGGUCAGAAGGUCCGGUGGCUGAAGGCGGAAAUGAAGAAGCAUGCCAACGAGGAAGACAUGGUAGUCAUGUUUGUGGACAGCUAUGACGUGAUCCUGGCAGGCAGUCCCGCCGAACUCUUACGGAAGUUCCAGCAAUUCAAGAGCAACCUGGUCUUCUCGGCAGAGAGUUUCUGCUGGCCGGAGUGGUCAUUGGCAGAAAAGUAUCCACCGGUGGCCGUGGGAAACCGGUUUCUCAACUCAGGAGGGUUUAUUGGUUCCGCUGCCGUCAUCAAUCGCGUUGUCCAGCUAUGGAAAUACAAGGAUGACGACGAUGACCAGCUCUUCUACACUCGAAUUUACUUGGAUCCUGCCUUGCGGGAGAAAUAUGGAAUCACCCUGGACCACAAGUCAAAAAUCUUUCAGAAUCUGAAUGGCGCCAUUGACGAGGUGGUUCUGAAGUUCGAGCCGACCCGAGUGCGGGCCAGAAACGUCGCCUAUGACACCCUUCCUGUUGUCAUCCAUGGCAAUGGCCCCACAAAGCUGCAACUGAACUACUUGGGGAAUUACAUCCCCAACGUCUGGACUUACGAGGGAGGCUGCGAAGUGUGUGACGAAGGACUCCUGGACCUGUCUGGCUUGACGGAUGACUCCUACCCCAACGUGCUUAUCGGUGUGUUCAUCGAGCAGCCGACUCCCUUCCUGCCUCAGUUUCUCCAGCGUCUCCUGUUGCUCGAUUACCCUUAUUCUCAUCUCAGCCUGUUCAUCCACAACCGGGAGGUGUAUCAUGAGCCGCAUAUCCAGGCCGAGUGGGAACAGCUUCGGGGGGCUUUUGACAGCAUCAAACUUGUCGGGCCAGAAGAGGAACUGAGCGAGGGAGAGGCGAGAGAUAUGGCCAUGGAUCUCUGCCGCCAGGACAAAGCCUGUGACUAUUACUUUAGCCUGGAUGCGGAUGCGGUCAUGGUGAACCCUGAGAUUCUUCUGAUUCUUAUACAGGAGAACAAGAAAGUGAUUGCGCCCAUGAUGUCUCGGCAUGGCAAGCUCUGGUCUAACUUCUGGGGAGCGCUGAGCCCCGAUGGAUACUAUGCCCGCUCAGAGGACUACGUGGAACUGGUGCAGGGAAAGAGAAUAGGCGUGUGGAACGUCCCUUACAUCUCCCAGGCUUACUUGCUGAGGGGCGAGACGUUACGUCGUGAGCUAAUCCAGCACAACGUCUUCACUGUGGUCGACACGGAUCCUGAUAUGGCCUUUUGCAAGAGUGUGCGGGAGAAGGGUAUCUUUCUUCACAUCAGCAACCGGGACGAGUUUGGGCGCCUCCUUUCCACCGCCGGCUUCAACACAUCUCGUCUGCAUCCAGAGCUGUGGCAGAUUACGGAGAACCCCCUGGACUGGCAGGAGAAGUACAUCCAUGAGAAUUACUCCCAAGUGCUGGAGGGGGAACACUACACGCAGCCGUGCCCUGACGUUUACUGGUUCCCGGUGUUCACCGACCAGAUGUGUGAUGAGCUGGUGGAAGAGGCUGAACGCUUCGGCCAGUGGUCUGGGGGGAAACAUGAGGACGUCCGACUCGCUGGCGGCUACGAGAACGUCCCGACUGUCGACAUCCACAUGAAUCAAAUUGGUUUUGAGAAGGAGUGGCUUCGCUUCCUGCAGGAAUACAUAGCGCCUGUCACAGAGAAGCUUUAUCCCGGCUACUACACCAAGGCACGGGCAAUCAUGAACUUUAUGGUCCGAUACCGUCCUGACGAGCAGCCCUUCCUCCGUCCUCACCACGACUCGUCCACUUUCACCAUCAAUAUCGCACUCAACCAUAAAGGCAUCGACUACAAGGGUGGCGGCUGCCGGUUUAUCCGCUACAACUGCACUGUGGAAUCUCCCCGCAAGGGCUGGAGCUUGAUGCACCCUGGACGCCUGACCCACUACCACGAAGGACUGCCCACGACCAGCGGCACCCGCUACAUCAUGGUCUCUUUUGUGGACCCCUAGUGCCCGUUUUGCCCCUCCUUGGUCCCGGGGUGCAGAACGGGCCACCGUGGUCAAAGCACUGAAAGCCAAAGACUUGCGGGCUUCUCUCCUUGGCACCGCCGGCCCACGUUCCAAAGUGCCUUUGAAAGGGAGAGAGACAGAUGAACCACCUGUUUGGCACAGACAAGACACUCAACGGCCCUGCCUUGUGCUAGACUUAGUCACCACUAGCAGUCGGGGUCGCUGCUGCCUUCUGCCUGCCCAGCCAGAGUAUGAACCGGGCAGCCCCGUAGCGUGAUUGCUUCUGGUUGCUUCUGUUCUGUGGACCCGUAACGACCACUUCUCCUUCAAAGGGCUUCCCCUCGAGAUUUGCCUCUGUGGCCCAGCCAGUAGAAGACUUGCCCUCUUCUGUCACCCCCCACAUCUCACAGAAAGCAACAUAAGCAACUCCCCAAUUCUGACCCCCAACAAGCUUCAUGGUAGAAUAGAGGUUUCACCCCAGGGUCCUCGUGAGCACAAGUUUCACUGCCCCUCUGUUUACAAAAGGAGGGAAAGAAUGGUCAUGUGCCCCAACAGCCCGGAGGGGAAGGAUAUAAGAAGUGUGUGAAGUCAUGAGUUUCAAACCAUGCCCGUUGGCAGAGCUAGAGUUGGUAAGUCCCCCUGGCCACCAGUGGAGGGUGUGGGGGGUAAGCGUGGUGUAGUGGUUAAGAGCAGGUGCAGUCUAAUCUGGAGAACCGGGUUUGAUUCCCCGCUCUGCCACUUGAGCUGUGAAACUAAAUUCUACUAAACUACCUGGGGAACUAAAUUAGCUUGUGCCAGCUGGGUGACCUCGGGCUAGUCACAAUUCUUCGGAACUCUCUCAGCCCCACCCACCGCACAGGGUGGUUUUUUUUUGGGUGGGGGGAAGGAAAUUGUAAGCCCCUUUGAGUCUCCUUACAGGAAAGAAAGGGGGGGUAUAAAUCCAACUCUUCUUCUGGAAGUAGCUGAGAUCUUUUUUAUGAGUAACCAGGCCCUGUUUGGCAACUAUUGAGAACUCAAAGACAUGACGAUCCUUUAAGUGCCUGUUUCCACUACGGGGAAAGGGAAGCUACAUCCACUUACAUCCUGCAGGUUUUUAACACUGACGUGGACAGAAGAUGCUACGCACUGAGCAGCCACAGGGCCAGAAAGGUGACCUCAACGUUCUUUUUAGUGUGAAACGAUGCCUUUGAAACAGUAGGUUGAAGAGAUGCUUUGAGGUGCCUCCGUCCUCUCUGGGACGAUUCGAACCAAGAAUGGCCAGGAGUCGGCGAGGAGCUCUCGGCGCGUCUUGUCUACGAGGGGGUGUCGCUCAAUCUCCCAUAAUCCUUUGGCCUUUUGGCCCGCAGCCCGGUCUGGCUGGCAGGGCAGACAGGGCGUCAGCAGCAGCCUCAUGUAUAAAUCGUGUGUUAAAUUAUUGGCAGUGCUGUGCCGCAUCUCACCGAAUAAAUUUACAUUUUAUACAAGCCUA